AUGAAGCGGCCUGCCUUCCAAGAUUUGAAGUUCGACCAGUUUGUUGCUCCGACUCUAGGACUGGGACUACAAAAUCAGACCAACGCAACUGUGACGGGUGCUUCAUCAUCACAUGAACGUUCUUGUGUAGCCACUUCCGAUUCCGCAGCGCGCUCGCCGCCGAAGCAGUAUGUUCGUGUUGAGAAUAGGAUAAGGCGACGAGAAGGGGAGGACACAAAGGUACACAAGUAUCGUCGCAUAGACCAUGCCACCUUUGACUCAAUCCAGCAGGAGAUUCACAUGUACCUAGAUUCCGUCGCCACCCGCAGUGAGAAUUUUAACGGUGGUGGAGUGUCUGCGGUGGACAUGGCUGUCUACGAGACUUUUAACAUUUUGCGCUCCUGUUGGUACUCACGUGGUAAUCUGCAAGACCUUUUUGAGCCGGUGCGAAACAUCUCGAUGCUUACCCUGGAACUCCUCCUUACCUAUGGUCGGCACAAGCUGACAGAUGAUGGACAGUACGCCGUGCCGCGUGGUGGGGGGGAUGAAUUGCCCUGGAUGGGGUGCAUUUUAUCUGUAUUGGCAUCCUAUAUAAGUUGCAGGGCAAACGGCGCUAUGACUCAACGGCAGAUGUCGCUGCCCGCUAAUACUCAUCAUCGCGGUGCUGUGUACUUGCCUCCACGGCACGCAAUGCGCACGACAUAUAAUAGUUGUGUAUCAGGCGUAAAUGCAUGCGGUAGCACUCUGCAACACUCCAGCUCUCCUUUAGAAAAUGAAGAAGAAUGGGGAGGGGGGGUGAAGGCGCAGAGGGAGGUGAAGGAAGGUCACGCGAACACGUCUAACUUGCCUUUGUCCUCGGCCUCGAAUCCACAGUCGUCGCGCUUGUCUUCGGCCGGAGUUUCACGGCUUCUGUUGCUAAACUGUCACAACUUUGGUUGGCUGGACAGCCCUGGGAGCGAGGAUUAUGAGUCUAGCAGUUGCUUUCUGCGAAAAGUGGACUCCGUUUUGAAUAAAAUGAUGAGGCCUUUGCCCCAAACGAGGCCUAGACAACAGUUUAACGACGCCUACACAAAUUGUCUAACGUCCUCAGCGUUGAGGAGUCCGUGUUGCACCACUGUCCUACUUAGUGACACCAUCCUGAUGGAUGGUGGUGUGCCGUCGCUUACCGUGACAAGACAUUGUAAAGUAUUUAGUGCCCACGAGCAAUACGGUCAAGGGAUAGCCUGCCUGGUGUCAGCUAUGCGCGACCAAGGCGACAGCCCCUUAAGUGUUAACCAUGCCACAGCUGACGCAUUCCCCAUAGUCACACCGGACCCCAGAGGCGGUUACUCUAUUUGCUCCCCUUUGACAUCACCUCAAGUCAUUACAAGUGACGCGCACCCGAUCGAUAUUAGUCUGGCACAAAGUAACGAAGAGGCCGUGCUACACACAAUGGUUGAUUGUGCGCAGGAUACGCCCACCCACAAGCGGCGUCUCUAUUAUAAUACCAACCCGAGUCCACCUCAGAUUGCCAUGGUGCCCCCGCUACGAGUUGAAUCGCUGCCCUCUGCCUCGUCAACUUCCCUGUCCACUGUCAGCACAAGCUCAUCCUCUGCUGCCGGACACAUGCAUAACGAUUACCUAAACCUGCGUGUAAAUCUACCGUGGUCGCCCGUCAGCUGCGGUCACCGCAACGGUCCGGGCAUUGUGGCACAGGCUGUCCUGCUAGCCCCUGUUGGACCCCUUAUAGUCCAUAUACAGCUAGAGCACGCGCACUAUGACGUCUCCAAGACACAGCAAGCCCUUCCGCUGGUGCAACCACUCACAGGCCUCUCUUCAGGCGCAGCGAAUCAUAACGACUAUGGGUCGAGUCCCUUUAUACCCACGGAAGCGACAGAGGAGCCGGAGCUCCAGGACCUGGCAGAGUGGUUACUGUACCUCUUCCAGUCCCCUCAGCCACUGCUGAUUGUUGAGUGGCACAUCGACAGGCAACGGCGUGAAAUCGCGAAUAAAGAUGUGGCAACACCAGAACCGCCGUCCGCCGUGCUCCAGCUUCUGGAGGCCUAUGCUAACCACAUGUCGUCAUCGGCCUUGCCAUUUGGCCAUGCUGACCUACGUGACGCUGUCCAUGCGACAUGUCGCAGCAUCAAGCCCUGUGGUGCGGCCACUAAGUUUGAUGGGAAGGACCGUCCACUCAUAUUUGUGAGAGAGCUGAAGGCUGUCGUAGAGAUGGAGCAUUGCAUUGAUGAGAAGGCACUGGUGACGUCACUGCAGUACUGCUUGACGUGUGCCCCGGCAGCGUUGUAA